GACACCUUUUUAAGAUCUAACUUGUCAUUCAGUUUUACGAUCGGGCUUCGCGAAAGUUUCGACUCCGCGGGAUCACAAAAUUGAUUAUAAUUAGGUAGUUUUUGGCUGUUAAAACUUCUAAACGUUAUCAAACGCUCCGGUUUUUUUUUUGUUAACAAGUAAAAAUGUCCAAGGCUCAUCCUCCAGAGUUGAAAAAGUACAUGGACAAACGUUUGUCCCUGAAGUUGAACGGCGGACGAGUGGUUUCCGGUAUUCUACGAGGAUUUGACCCCUUCAUGAACGUUGUGCUUGAUGAAUCCAUCGAAGAAUGCAAGGACAGCACGCGAAACAACAUUGGGAUGGUGGUCAUCCGCGGCAACAGUAUCAUCAUGGUGGAAGCACUGGAUCGGAUAUAAUCUCCCGUUGGCUCCGUUCAUGGGAGUCAACGUAAUCUUCUUCGUAGCGUUAAGGACAUGUGUGAAUUGGUGAAAUAAAACGUUCAAUUGCGAUACUGGAUAUUA